GCGAAGAGGCGCCACCAUCUUUGAGCGGCUGGGUCUCUGCCGCGGUAGGUGGCUGCAAGAGGUAGGGAGGUAGGUGGGCCGCGUCGCGUCGCCUCAGGUCCGUAGCUUUGCCUCCCUCUCCUGUUCUGCCGCGGGCCCACGAUGCCGCAGUACCAGACCUGGGAGGAGUUCAGUCGCGCAGCGGAGAAGCUCUACCUCGCAGACCCUAUGAAGGCACGUGUGGUUCUCAAAUAUAGGCAUUCUGAUGGGAGUUUGUGUAUUAAAGUAACAGAUGAUUUAGUUUGUUUGGUAUAUAGAACAGACCAAGCUCAAGAUGUAAAGAAGAUUGAGAAAUUCCACAGUCAACUAAUGCGACUUAUGGUGGCCAAGGAAUCCCGCAGUGUUGCCAUGGAAACGGACUGAAUGGUUUGAAAUGAAGACUGUUUGUCAUGUUCUUAGGAAGUAAAUAUCUUUUGAAUUUGAGAAAGUGUUGGGACAGAAAAUACUUUAUGUAACUAAGUGGGCUAUUCAGAAGCCAAGAGAUCAUUUUUUGUACUUUGUUUUUUAAUGUUUACUUUAGAGAGCUAGGACUGUAAACGCUUCCAGUUAGAAAGCCUUUAUUUAUUUUUGGAAAUGGAACAAGAAAUGGCUCUAUCUUGGAAACUUUGCAGAUUGUUUGAUGUUAGGCAAAAUAAAUAAUUACUCUCUGGUAAGUUUGUAUCAGUAAUUUGAAAAUGAGAUAUCAAGAAAAGCCAAUUCUUCCUUAAAUUUAGUUAAUCUGUCUUUAAAAGAAAAAUUUAAUGGAACCAUUUUGCUGGAUUGAUAUAUUUCUUUUGGAGCAUAAAUUUUGUGCUGUUGAUGACCAGCAAAUAUAAAAUAAUGGUAACUGGAAUUAACUGCACAGCAGUAUAGCUGAUUAUAUAUGGUAGUGUAGUCUCAAUUAUAUCUAAAAAUAACUAUGAAAACAAGUAUGCUUUACCUUAAACUUUACAAAUUUAAACUAUAUUUUUAAAUAUAAGGGAUUCAUAGUAUCAUUAACUUGUUGAGCAAAGACUAACUUUGAAUCUAAUUUUCAGUGCUCAGAAACAUCUGCUGUUACUAUAAAUGCAUGAGCAGAAUGCUCACUAAUGGAUUGAAACCACCAUAUUACAGAAAUAUUUGCCACAUAUUUGCCAUCUAUGUUUUCUCAGAAGGGCUAAGGAUUAUUUGAACUGUUAAAUUUUUGCAUACCUCUAUGACACCCCCACCCAUUUCUCUCAUUACUUAACCAGGGUGUUAAGCAUGACUCUCACAACUGUUCUCCAUUAAACCAGAAGUAUGAUAUUGUUUGAUGUUUAUCUUAUAUUUGUAACCUGAGUUUUACCACCUAAAUAUAAUGUUCACAUGUUGAUUCCUACAUUAAAAUAUUUUUUGUUAGGAAUUUGUUGUGUUGACCAGCGUUUUAACAUGGAAAGUUCCAUUAGCCAUAUGAAUUUUGGCAUGUUUCAGAGAGAUCAGUAAAUAAAAUAUUACAUGAAUAUAUAUUGUUUCUCUUUAAGUUUUUAACUUCUCAAGAAUUACUGAUUUCUUGACUGGGAUAUUCUAUAUUUAUUUAGACUAAAGUGAGCUUAAUGAUGCUAUAUAUACAUUUUUAUUUAUUUUGUUUCUUGGUACUUUUAUUAUAUGACUUUCUCUGAGCUGUAUGCUAUGGCAUUUUGUUUUCUUGAUUAAGAAAAGUAACAUCAAAUAGUAUAGGGUUUUUUGGGUUUUGGUGUUUUCCCCCCAUAGUAGGAUAACCGGAGGUUUUUUUGGCCUUUUUCUUUUUCAUUUACAUCUUCCACUUUUUUCUUUCUUUUUUUUACUUUUUGUCUGCACUCCACGGCAUGUGGGAUCUUAGUGCCCCGACCAGGGAUCGAACCCUCGCCCCCUGCAUUGGAAGCACAGAGUGUUAACCACUGGACCGCCAGGGAAGUCCCCAUCUUCCACUUUUUAACACUACUUUAUGAAGAUAACCGGGAAUGGGAGGGACUUCUAUUUGAGUUCUUUGAGUCCUUGUAGCUUGCAGCAGUGAUUAAGAGCAGGGGUUCCAAGGCAGACUGCCUGCGUUGCAAUCUUGGCUCCACUGUUCCCCAAUUCUGUGGCUUUUGAGACAGUACUUCUCUAAGCCUCCAUUUUCUUCUCUGGAAAUUGGGCUGACAGUAGUAUUCAUAGGGCUUUGACAGUUAAAUGGCAUAAUCCCCUUUAUCCCUUAGCACAGUACCUGGAACACAGUAAAACUCAAUAAAUGGUAGCUAUUAUUACUAUUAUUGUUAUGAUUGUUAUUUUUCAGGGGACUGGGUAUAAGUAGCCAGCUCUUAAGUUUUCUCAUAAUUGUAAUUGAAUAGUUACUUAUAAGUAACGUUUGCCUUUUCUACCGAGCUAUGUCUAUUAUCAAAUGCCAUUUUUGGCAGGUGAAG